AUGUCAGCCGAAAAAGCUACUAUCAAGGAAGAUGACCAUUUGCAGAAAAAUGAGUCGAGUAACUUGUCGCCGGAGUACCGCGAAUAUCUCAUCAGUCGGCAUGGGACCAUUGAGCUCGACCCUCUACCUGACAUGACAGACGCUGAUCCAUAUAACUGGCCAAAAUGGAUGGCAAGUCAAACAUUAUCCUUUUUUAAGAUAACCAACCUAACCCUCGUUGCAUUUCAUGCGAUGAUGGGCACUUUCACUGCUGCGGCAAUCAUGGCAGCCUUUAUCAACAUAGCAGCGGACUUGAAUGUCAGUGUUCAACGUGCAAGCUACCUGACCUCUCUCGUAAUUGCAAUCCUAGGUGGUGCACCACUUUUCUGGCGCCCUCUAGCCGAUCGAUACGGUCGGCGACCAAUAUUUCUCCUGUCAUUGAUUUGCUCUCUAGUCGGCAAUAUUGGGUGCGCCAACAGUCAUUCAUACGGCACAAUGGGCCUGUGCAGAGCCAUCACUGCGUUCUUCAUAUGUCCUCCUGCCGCUAUUGGUAGUGGUGUUGUUACCGAGACCUUUUUCAAGAACCAAAGAGCUCGGUAUAUGGGGAUAUGGACAGUGAUGGUAACUAUAGGUGUGCCCAUUGCCCCUCUUCUUAUGGGAUUUGUCGCCGCUCGCGUCGGUUAUAGGUGGAUUUACUAUAUCCUUGCCAUCACGAACGGUGUUCAGUUUAUCCUUUACUUUUUCUUGGGAAAUGAGACACGAUAUGUCCGUGAAACGACCCCGAACACCACUGGUGACGGAUUACCGAUGACUAGACGAGGAUUAUUUCAGUUUGGACGUAUUGACAGAACCCCGUUGAGACUGAAUGACUUCUACCACCCACUGACAUUCGCUUUUCAUCCAUGCAUUUUCCUUCCUGCCAUUGCCUAUGCCAUGGUGUUCCUCUGGACCAGCAUUGUGCCAACGGUGGAGAUUCCACAGCUUUUCCCCGUGAUUUUUGGCUUGGAUACGGAGCAGAAUGGUCUCCAAAUGAUCAGCAUUAUCAUCGGAUCGUUCAUUGGCGAGCAGAUCGGUGGCUUCAUGUCUGAUAAAUGGAUGGCAAGGCGGCGUCAACAGCAGACAAAGAAAUCAGGCAUCGACAAUGCCGAAGAAGGCAGGUCACUUCCUUUAGCAGGUGAAGUGCUUGUUGAGCCUGAGUUCCGCCUCUGGCUGGCUUAUAUCGGAUAUGCACUUGCCAUUUGCGGGUUUGUGGUGUUUACCGUGCAGAUUGGAAAGGCUUCCAGCUCCUGGAAUGUCACCCCGCUUGUUGGCGCGGCUAUUGGCGCGGCUGGAAACCAAAUCGUGACGACAGUGAACAUUACCUAUGCGGUAGAUUGCUAUCGCGUUGAAGCUGCUAGUGUGGGAGUCUUUAUCACCUUUGUCAGACAAACAUGGGGUUUCAUUGGACCCUUCUGGUUCCCACAAAUGUUCGAGAAUGUCGGAUAUAAUGGCAGCGCCGGCAUUGGCGUGGGUCUCAUAGUUGCUAUUAGUGUUAUCCCGACGGUCAUCAUCCAGUGGCUAGGUCAUAAAUGGCGAUAG